AUGCGUAUACAUCUAUCUAUUCCAGUCUCUGUCUUUCUUUCUUUCUUUCUUUCUUUCUUUCUAAUCUAUCUAUCUAUCUAUCUAUCUAUCUAUCUAUCUAUCUAUCUAUCUAUCUAUCCCAGUCUAUCUGUUUCUAUCUAUCUAUCUAUCUAUCUAUCUAUCUAUCUAUCUAUCUAUCUAUCCCAGUCUAGUUCUUUCUUUCUUUCUUUCUUUCUUUCUUUCUUUCUUUUCCACUCUGUUUCUAUCUAUCUAUCUAUCUAUCUAUCUAUCUAUCCCAGCCUAGUUCUUUCUUUCUUUCUUUCUUUCUUUCUUUCUUUCUUUCUUUCUUUCUUUCUUUCUAAGUCUGUUUCUAUUUAUCUAUCAAUCUAUCUAUUCCAAACUACUUGGAUUAUCCUUACCACUUACGAAUCUUAUAUUAUCUAUCUAUCUAUUUCUAUCUAUCUAUCUAUCUAUCUUUCUACUUGGAUUAUCCUCUAUCUAUCUAUCAUCUUAUCGAAUGUCUUUUCAUUACCUAUCUAUCUAUUCCUAUCUAUCUAUCUAUCUAUCUAUCUAUCUAUCUGUCUAAGUCUUUCAUUACCUAUCUAUCUAUCUCAGUUUAUUCCUCUAUCUAUCUAUCUAUCUAUUCCUAUCUAUCUAUCUAUCUAUGAUCUAUCUAUCUAUCUAUCUAUCUAUCUAUCUAUCUGUUACCUAUCCAUCAAUCUAUCUAUCUAUCUAUCUAUCUAUCUAUCUAUCUAUCUAUCUAUCUGCUAUAACGAUAUUUAA